AUGCUGCGGGCGGAGAUUUCAUCCGGUUCGAAGCUGGGAGCCGAGUUGAAGAAGGUCAUGGAUGCCGGCAAACUGGUCUCCGACGAACUGGUCGUGGACAUGAUCGACUCCAACCUGGACAAGCCCGAGUGCAAGAACGGAUUCCUCCUGGACGGAUUCCCCAGGACUGUCGUACAAGCUGAGAAGCUCGACACAUUGCUGGACAAGAGGAAAACCAAUUUGGAUGCUGUCAUCGAGUUUGCCAUCGACGACAGUCUGUUGGUGAGGCGCAUCACUGGGCGCUUGAUCCACCAGGCCAGCGGGCGUUCGUAUCACGAAGAAUUUGCCCCUCCAAAGAAGCCAAUGACGGACGAUGUCACUGGAGAACCCCUAAUCCGUCGCAGCGAUGACAACGCUGAGGCUCUGAAGAAGCGACUGGAAGCAUAUCACAAGCAGACAAAGCCGCUGGUCGACUACUACGGUCUGAGGGGUCUGCACUUCAAGGUGGACGCCGCCAAGAAGUCCAGCGACGUCUUCUCCACCAUCGACUCAAUAUUCCAACGCAAGCGUCCUGCCCAGGUCCAGUUAUGA